CGGGCGAGGCAUGGACGACGAGAAGCUCUUCGACGUGCCAGCCGGGAGCGAGGAGUUCGACCUCGUCAACACGGUCUUCAAGGCUCAGCCGGUCGAGCGGGCGAUCUACCAGCUGAAGCCGCAGCAGGUCUGGGACGCCACCAGCGUGGUGCGGGUGCAGCGGGUCGAGAACAGUUUCCAGGAGGAGGGGAGCGCGAGGCCCUACUUCGACGCGCUGCGCACGUCCAUCGAGGGCCAGGGGGUGGAGUUCGAGCCGGGCACGCACACGUGCUGGGGCUUCCACGGUGCGAGCCUGGACGCCAUCGAGUCCAUCAUUAGCGACCCCGUGGCAGGCUUCCAGCCGCUGGCGUCGGGCACCAAGAAGGCCUCGCUGUGGGGCGCCGGCACCUACUUCGCGAGGGACGCCAGGUACGUGGCGGAGGGCGGCUUCUGCGCGGCGCCGGCGGCCGAUGGCACUCAGCAGAUGCUGAUGUGCCUGCUCGUCAUCGGGGUCCCCUGCCUGGGCGGCCCCGAGCAGCACGGCGUGUUGCCCUUCCGCCGGAAGCCCCACCGUUACAACUCGUCCGUGGACUGCCUGGCCAGCCCCGAGG